GGUGCUGAUAAUGUAAUAAUAUUAUAUAUGACUGUUAUUUUUUUAUUUUCACUGUCGAAUAUGUCUAGUUUAUGCUCAGGUUGAUGCCACGCAAUGACCACACAGUGACUUCAACACAAUUGUGAAACAUUUUAAGUUCUGCACUGCGUGCCUGUUUCUAAUCUACAUUGAGAUGCAAACUUCUACCAUGCUAAUUAUAUGUUUGCAAAUGGACUUGAUGCUUAGUGUUAUCUCCAGAACACUCAUAGUCACUGAAGUUGCUAAUUAAGUGGCAGCACAAUUUUACCCAUUCAAAAUUCCCUUUCUCGGAGAAAUGUUUUCUUUUGCAGCACACCCUACUGACCACUAGAUGGCAAAGUCAUGUCAAGAUAACCAGUUGAUGUGACUGGCAAUUAGACUUUUUCUGCAGACUUGGGGAACUUCUUGCAGCAUGUGGAAAGACAUCCAGCAGCUGUCGGUGGUUAAAGAAGAGGUUACCCCUGAGCAGCAGCAGUGGAGCUCCAGUGUGGACCAGGAGGACCCAGAGCCUCCACACAUUAAAGAGGAACAGGAGGAACUCUGGAUCAGUCAGGAGGGAGAGCAGCUUCAAGGGCUGGAGGAGGAUGAUAUCACCAAGUUCGCAUCCACUCCUGUCCCUGUGAAGAGUGAAGAUGAUGAAGAGAAACCUCAGUCCUCACAGCUUCAUGAAAGACACACUGAACAGAUGGAAACAGAAGCAGAGGGAGAGGACUGUGGAGGAGCAGAACCAGCCAGGAACUCAGAUCCAGAUACACAUUUACAACCUGAGACAGAUGACAAAACUGGAGCGUCUUCUGAACCAGAGACUGAUGACAGUGAUGAUUGGAUGGAGACCAGAGAACCUCAGUCAGGUCUAAACUCUCUGAAAAACCAUGAAGUCUCUGUCAAUGAUUUGGUUGUUGGUGAGAAACGAUUUAGCUGCUCUGAGUGUGGGAAAAGAUUUGGUAAAAGUGGAGAUCUGAAGAGACACAUGAGAUCUCAUUCAGGAGAGAAACCAUUUAGCUGCUCUAAGUGUGGCAAAAGCUUUGCUCAAAAUGGAUGUCUGAAGAAACACAUGAGAUGUCAUACAGGAGAAAAACCAUUUAGCUGCUCUGAGUGUGGCAAAAGCUUUACUCAAAGUGGAAGUCUGAAGGAACACAUGAGACGUCAUACAGGAGAAAAACCAUUUAGCUGCUCUGAGUGUGGGAAAAGAUUUGGUUGCAGAGGAGAUCUGAAGAAACACAUGAGAUCUCAUUCAGGAGAGAAACCAUUUAGCUGUUCUGAGUGUGGAAAAAGAUUUAGUCGAAAGUUAACUCUGAAUCGACACAUGAGAUCUCAUGCAGGAGAGAACCCAUUUAACUGCUCUCAGUGUGGCAAUGGUUUUGGUAAAAGUGGAGAUCUGAAGAGACACAUGAGAUGUCAUACAGGAGAGAAACCAUUUAGCUGUUCAAUUUGUGGGAAAAAAAAUUCAUGACAGAGAUAAGUGAUUAAACUGUUCAGUCACUUGCCCUAAGAAAGAGACUUGAGAAACAGCCAGUUGUUUGUCUUUUUUUGGGGGGGGGGUGUCAGUCAACUGGUGGGAGUGUGCUCACAUGUCUGCCAUGAGCGAUGCAGAGCCAUGUAGAGACAGAAAUGACAUGCCACACAGUUUUAGACAGGUCCUCAGACUCUGUAGUGACAACAACUCAAGCAGCCAGAUCCACAGUGGCCUUUAUGAAAGAUCUAAACAUCUGUGACACCUGGAGACACUUUCACCCCACAAUUAGAGAGUACUCCUUCUAUUCAUGUCUCCAUAAUUCCCAUACGGGGAUAAAAAAAUUUUCUUACAUCUUACCAAUUAACCCAUCGAGUUAUGGAAACUGAAUAUUUAUCGAGGAUCAUGUCAGACCAUUCCCCACUGACACUCUCAUUGUUUAUACUUGAAAAAAUCCAGGGACCAUACACGUGGCAGCUGGAUCCAACUUUGCUCAAAAAAGUUGUGAAACAAACUGUGCCUCUUCCCCCAGUAGCUUUGUAUUGUGGGACACAAUGAAAGCCUUCUUAAGAGGGCAGAUAAUUUCUUAUACCAGUGGUUUAAAGAAAAAAUACAUGGCUGAGGGAGUCCUACUAAACUUGAGUAAACAAAAAGCUCAACUAUAACCUCUUGAACACAUACAGAAUAGAAAUAAAUAUUCUUUGAACCAAACACAGAUGCUAUGAAUUGGGGAGAAAGGCAUUUACUGUAUAGAAAGUUGAAGAAAUAUGAACUAUCUUACCAGAUGCAUCAAAGAGAAGAGCCAAUGCUUCACUUGCGGUCAGCUUAGCCCUCCUUUUCUCGGGGGCUGCCAACUUGUAUUGAGCGUCAAAAAUGCCUAAGUCAAAUCGACUUGGGCAGAUAGUGAUUAUGGAAUGUAACAAGCACUCUGAUUGGCUGUGGAUAUAGCCAGUAAGGCACAGUGACUCAGCAGCCUUAGGAGAGCAGAGUUAGGCAGAUAUCUCAAUUUGGCCAAAAUAUGACUUAGGCAAUUAUGCUAUGAGGCUAAUGAUAUGUAAUUAUUCUUUCAUCCCAUAGUAUUUUUGUUUGUUUUUCUUUUGUUGUUUAACUGUGUAUCUUUUAUUGUUGAGUUUUAGUGGGAAUAAAUUGUACUGUGUAAAUAAGAUAAAUAACAUAAGGUCAUUUAGUUUGUUCUGUGGAGUCUGGUUGCUUUUAGGAGAGCAUAAUUGUAACUGCAUCAGUUUUCAGUUGUAAAGGGCUGUCUGACAGCAUGGUUAGGUGUUGGAAAUACUUUUAAUGUAGUGUCCACUUAAACUGAUGUGGAUAUUGUUUAGGUGACCCUGUUUUUAUGUGACUAAGAUAGGUUUUGCUGCUGUCCCCGUCCACAGUCACCAGACUCCUUUGAUAGAAACAGUCCUUUUUUCUACCUAGCUC